CAGGGAGACCAUGUACAAUAAAGGUCUUAUGGGAGGCCAGUACCCUAAUGAUCCCAUGAAAGAACAAUUGGCAAAAGAUAACACUGUUGUGGUUUGUACAGAAGGAAGACUAAUUUUGGAGUUUACUUUUGAUGACUUAAUGAGGAUAAAGUCAUGGCACUUCGCAACCCGAGCUCAUCGAGAACUAGUUCCUCGAAGUGUUGUUGCCAUGCAGACUCAACAACAAGAUCCUUCCUUUUUAGAACAACUUUCCAAAAACAUUACUAGACAAGGACUUACAAACUCAACAUUAAACUACCUCAGGCUUUGUGUUAUACUAGAGCCCAUGCAAGAGCUUAUGUCUCGUCAUAAAGCUUAUGCUCUUAGCCCUCGAGACUGUUUAAAAACCACCUUGUUCCAAAAAUGGCAGAGGAUGGUGGCUCCUCCUGGUUCCACCUACCGCGGCCCUCCAAAUGACCUAAAAUCAUCUCAGGAUGUAGAAGCUCAACGGCCACCAAGCAAAAGACGCAAAAGAAAGUCUUCUACAGCAAGUAGUGGAACUGGAAAGAAGAAAAAUACUGCCUCUCCUGGGCCAGCUAGCUUUUCUCUUGCUUCUCAGGAUGUUAUGGUUGUUGGGGAACCAUCUUUGAUGGGAGGAGAGUUUGGAGAUGAAGAUGAAAGACUUAUCACACGGCUUGAAAACACACAAUAUGAUGCCUCAACAGCUGCAGCCAACGGGCUGGAGGAUGCAGAGGAAUACUCAAGUAACGCAAUGACUUCUGCUUCGUGUUCAAGUGUUUCAACUUGGUCUGGGCCACAUACAGGAGCUGCGGGACAGGAUCGAAAAUCAACGUCGACAGCAGGUGGGGGAUCAACAAAUAAUGGCCCUCAGUUAGCAAGUCAAGAUGACAAGAAAGCUUCACCAUCUAUAAGCCAGUAAUUAUAGCUGGCCUCUGGGACUAUAUUCCAGUUAAAUACCAGUUGAGGUACUUUGAACUUGUUUCUCAGAAGAGGAUGAGCUGGAAUCUAAAUGUAUAAUGUGUUUUCAUAGAUCAUUGAGAAAAAUAAUGUUGGUAAUAUUCUUGUGCAACAUCAUUUCCUUUGGUCUACUGCAGAGUUUUCAGGUCUGUUUAUUAAUCAUUAUGUAAUGAAACUUUGCAUUCCUUCACUUGAGAGGCAAUAACACCUGAACAACACAAACCACUAAUAAUUUCAUGAUAAAGCUUAGCUGAAAGGUUUAAUAUGCUAAGCUCCAAGUUUUUUAUUUCAUUAAUUGUUACUGUACAAAAACACAGAUGAACAGCUAUUUAUUUGCAAGUGAUACAGCCAAGAACCUUCAUUAAUAUUUUGGAAGUUUUAGUAGAAAAUACCGAUACAAGUAAUUCCACUAAAAACGUGUAUAAUUCCAACUUGUCAUUCAUAGGCUUUGAUGCUAGGACUGGAAGCAGCACACCAGAUUAAGUUAUUCAUACAGUUCCUGUUUAAUAUUUGAAAUAGUCUGAUUCACCUGUAACAUUUGUUUAAGGCUGUUCGAAUGACAUGCAUGUUUUUAAUCACUUGGGAGAAUCGAAAUUAAUUUCUAGAGUACUGUGCAAUAAUGUCCUGAAAAGCUUUUUGUCAAAUCAUGCUGUAUUAUCCCACUUAUUGAGGUAAAGAGUAAAAAAUUUAUUUAACAUUAGAAAAGCCAUUUCUAAAAUCAAAAUGUUUUGAUUUACAUUAUUUAAUUCUUGGUAUGUUUAGGAUUACUUUUUCUGGUAUCUUGUGUAACUGUGGAUAGCAGAAAUAAAACAUUUUGUAUUCUCAGAUGCAAGAAAACAGUCAUAGCUAUAACUUCUGUUGUUUUUUUUGUUGUUGUUGUUGUUUGUUUGUUUUUUUAACCAUGAUGUAUGCUUACUACUUUGCUGAACCAAUUAUAAUACUUGUUCAAGGUUCAGAAUCAUUGUUCAUUCAAGAAUAAAGAUGUUGAAUUUCUGCCGAGGUAUUUUUAAAACUUCAUUCCGCACUAUGAUUGCAUAUUUAAUGUUUGUGCUUGUUUAUGCAGUAGAGAUUGAUCAUCACUGCUAAGCCUGAAAGGCCCGAAUAUUGGGUUAAAGGCUCAUCGGUAUUAGAUAUAGCAGAUAUAGUGUAGGUGAGACUAUCAUCAUCAUCAUAAUACGCACUUCUUUACUUGGUUAUUUGAUCUGUUAUAGCUCAUAUGUAACUGUCUGCUUUGUCAAAAACAAAAUCCUCUAGUGGGGUUGAUGUGGAUAAUAUAAAACUUCCUUAUAAAUCAUUGUUGUAUUAAAUUGUGAAACUUUUCUAUUGGAUUCUGUUUUUGUUUUGUUUUUUUCCAGUUCCUUAGUAUUGAACUGCACAGGUUGUCAGAGCCUCUAAAUUAAUUCUAACAAAGCAGUCAAAACUUGAGGCAAGGGACCAAAUUUUAAAUGACUUCCUUGUGGCUUGUGCUUGAAAGUAGAAUAGACAUAAAUCAGACUUGUAUGAUAUUUACAUUAGAAUAUUUCACAGAUAUAUGAAAAGUAGGAGAGGUGUGAUAAACAGGACAUUUAAAUCUCUCCUGAUGUUUAUAGUUAGUAACAUUAAUAGUCGGCAUGGAUAUCAUUUUUCAAAGAACAAACUGAAACGUUUAAUGAUUUUUAUAUCAAAACGUCCAACUUGGCGAAGAAACAAAACAUCUUGUUUUCUACUUUAAAAAGAUGGAGUACAACAAGAAAACUACAUUUUUCUCUGACUCAUACAGUAUAUGGACUGUAUGAGUGAUACGUAGUUUGGUUAAUUGUGUAUUCCAACCUCAGAGGUAAAAAUAUGUGACUGAUGUUCUGUAUCUUGAAAUGUAAGGUAUAUUGAGUUAUAGGCUUAAUUAACUAGCGUCAAAGUUCCUUUUAAGGAGUUCUAUUGUUCAUUGGUGGUAUGUCAUGAGUUUUAACAGUUCUUUGAUAUGUGAGAAAAUUCUUUUCAAACUUCUUUCCUGUGAUUUGUUGUUUCAUAAAGUUGUAAACAGAAAUGUGUAACUAGUGUAAUCAAGGUAUCAGUGAGAUGGUGUUAUAGCCUUUCUGUAGCUUCAAUGUGUCUUCGUGUAUCCUGUACAUUGUAUGUUUGGUGAAAUAAAUCUACAGUUGCUAGUUUC